AUGUUACACGGGAAACGGUCGCCAGUGCGCAAGGGAGACGGCGUGGAGAACAGGAUCGCUUGCGGUCGCGCUUUGCGUGAUUGGGCUGUAUCCGCCGUGCAUUCCGCUUCUAUAGGGAUCGCCGAGACAGCACCAGAAUCUCGCUUCUGCUCCCCUCACAGAGCAUCAUGCUUCAGACCUUGCAGUGGCAUGGGCCAGUCGCACAGGAACAGUGGCAUGACUCCUUCGCUUUCCCACCUCUCCAACUCUUGCCCUCGUAUUCUCCUUCUCGCACCAGGCGCUCCCUUCUGCCCGUGCCUCCCCAGUCCCUCUCGACAUUCUCUACUGCCAGUUGCUGCUCUGCAGGAACAGCAGCUGUGUGUGAUGAUUCCG